AUGUCUCAGAGAAAUAGAGGUCAGCGGACAGCCAACCGCAAUAAUGAGGUUGGCGAGGAGUAUGGCCUUUGGCGUAACGUGGAGGGGUCAUUAAACUCCAUUGUGGGAGCCAUCAAUGAGAGUAGCCAAAACGUGGACGACAUUGUAACACAAGAUAAGCUCAUGGCGGAAAAAAGAAACGCUGGCGACUUUGACAAGCGCGAUGCCAACGGUACACGUCCGGAGCUGCAGGCUGAUCUCAGCAACAUUGACAGUCUUCUUAGAUCGGGCGUCAAGAUCAACGAGAAGACAGCUGCGCAGAUCAAACAGGCCAUUGAGAACCUCAAACUCUUGAGUGCCAUUCAAAAAGCCAAGGAGGACCAGGAACCAUCCUUCUCACGCUCUGCCACCCAGCGGGCCAAGGAGUCUGCUGCCGCCUCAUCCUCGGUAUAUGACUUUGAUGGUUCUGGUGACUCGUCAGUACCGUCACCUAAUCCUAGUGUUGCUCGUCGGAUGGGAGGGAGCAAUGCCAGCAAGGGCGAUCGAGGUUCAGUGCCACCUAGUGUGGACCGUUCGACGCCAGUAGCAAAAGCGGGCAGCGUUGAGCCGCAAAACUCUGCUGCCAACAAUGCCCGAUCCAAGGUCACCUUUGCUAAACAGGAGGAGGUUGCCUUUAAACCCAAGCCUCAGAACAAUGAGCCCUCAUCAGACUGGAUCCUUGGCCGUGUACAGGAUGUUCGCGGUGAGGGCAAAUCACGCCGAUACAAGGUACUUGACGUUGACAUGGAUGAGUCUGGCAAGCAAAAGGAGUUCCGCAGCAGUGCCAGUAGCAUGAUUGGCAUACCAAAGGAGGGCGUUUCACUGCCUCCGCUUGACUCGGGAAAGGUUGUUCUCGCAUUGUAUCCUCAAACGACUACAUUCUACAAGGCCACGGUCAUUGGAAUGGAUCCUGAUGGUCAAGUCAGCUUGAAAUUUGACGGCGAGGAGAAGGACAGUGUUAGGCAACAUGUCGCGCGACGGUUCGUUGUUGAAUACCGACCUUAA